AGGAACUUUUUAUGUUACUUGAAAUAAUGAUUAUGAAUAACCUGUCCGUAACCUUUGCCUUUGAGCCAUGUGCCACCCUCUUUUGACUGCAAUAACAAUAAAAGAACAUGAAAGAUGAUGUGGUGCUACUAUAUUGUUAUAUAUAUUUUUUCAGUUUUCUCUGUUCAUUCCUGCUAAAUUUUUUAGUAGCUCAUUCUUUUCGUAUAUAAAAAUUUUAUUUUAUAAUUAAUGGUUAUUAAUACUUCACAACAGUGCUUUUGCCUUCUUAAGUAUUGCAGCUAUUGUGCUGCUUUUGUGGUAGAAACAGUGUGGAUUGUGCUAAGAUUCUUAAAAACCCUCUUUAAUUGGAUGACGAGGCUAUUUGUGGUGGAGGGGGGUAUUAUAGGGUUAUCAGGAAAAAAGCAGUUAAAAGGGUGACACCUACUGCCAUUCUUAAAUCUUAUCUCUAAACUCUUGUAUCUCAACUCUCUUCUCUUCUCUCUGGCAACAAGACCUGUAGUCUGUUUCUCCACUCCUCAGUGACCUGCUACCUUGUCUUGUAUCAUAUCUGGCAAUAUUCUGCCACUGACUUUCUAUUGUUGAUUAUUAAUGUCCUGAAUCGAGUAAUUUAUCAUUUUCUGACAGUGAUGUGUAUAUCGUAUACAUGUUAUAAACCUGCAUAAAAAAUAUAAGAAUACUGGCCAUCCUAUUAUCACACCUAGUUCAGCUGGUUUGUGCCGCAAUCUGGAAUUGAUAAUGGUGUUUGUGACUAGAUGUGUCCACUUGAAUCUGGUCUCUGUUUUCUUUUUUAUUUACAGCACAUUGUGUUGAGUUUCUCUGUCAUGUUUUUUUUCUACUGUUUUAUGUUUAAGUAUCAGCGAUGCCUGAACUCAAGUGUUCUGUACCCUUCAAAGUUCUGAUUCUGAUUCCCAUAUGUUGCUAGACUUUUAUUGUUAACUUGUGUGUUUAACUUAAAAUUAUGACUUUUGACUAUUGGUUAUAGGUAUGCUCAAUGUCUGGUACCUUUUUCGGUAUUUAUGUGUGGAUUUAAGGGAUUCACCUCUCCUCGUGGGAUGAGGAUUUUGUUGUUUUUGUUUAUAUACAUAAAAGAUAAAUUAUUUAGCAUUGUAUUGAUAAUCUUCAAAAGUAUUAAUCAUCCUGCUUUCCGCUAUCCUGCCACAGCAGUUUUGGGGAUAGUUGCUCCAUGCUGCUAUAUGGGAUCGUUAACUAUGUUAUAAUAUAAAACUGUCAAAUUUUUUCAUAUAAUACAAUUAAUCAGGAUCUCAUUUUUUUUAUUGCAAUAAUUAUUGAGGCAAUUGUUCUCAAUUACAAUGAUCUGGAUCCUUUUUUUCCCAAGCAAUGUUACCUUCAUGUGAAGUAUAUCAGUCUUGGUGUACCCAUUUGCUGGUAUUUUAGUUAACAGUACUUAAAAGUUUUAGCUGCUUCCUGAGACUUUAUAGUCUUUUAGUGUAGGUUGCACAAUGGGUGCCAUCCCUGCUUAUUCUCUUAACCCCUCCUUCAUUUUAAAGGUUGGUUUGGAUUGGAUUAUCAAUCCCUUGCCCUCGAAGAAAAGUGCAGCUGGGGUGACAUUUGGAUUUGUACUUGAGCUAUUUAGAAAUGGAUGUACCAGCUGGCCGAGGUGGUGCUGGCCUCAACAUGUUUCUACCAAAUUAUAAAUUGGGAAAAACUCUUGGCAUUGGAUCUUUUGGCAAGGUGAAAAUUGCAAAACAUGUAUUGACUGGUCAUAAGGUUGCAAUCAAGAUCCUAAAUCGAUGCAAGAUAAAGAACAUGGAAAUGGAAGAAAAAGUGAAAUUAGAACUUGAAGUUUUAAAAUUGCUCAGUCAUCCUCGCAUUAUAAAACUUCAUGAGGUGAUAGAAACUCCAACUGACAUAUGUGUUGUUAUGGAGUAUGCUUGUAGAGAGCUUUUUGAUUACGUAAUAGAAAAAGGAAGGUUAGAAGAAGACGAAGCUCGUAAUAUUUUUCAGCAGAUAAUCUCAGGACUGGAGUAUUGUCACAAUAAGAUGGUGGUUCAUAGAGAUCUGAAACCUGAAAACAUACUUUUGGACUUCAAUUGUGAUGUAAAGAUAACUGGUUUUGGCUGGAGCAACAUCAUGCAUGCUGGUUAUUUUCAUAAGACAAGUUGUGGAAGCACUAACUAUGCAGCUCCUGAGGUUAUAUGUGGAAAAUUAUAUAUUGGACCCGAAGUUGAUGUAUGGAGUUGUGGUGUAGUUCUGUAUUUUAUUCUUUGUGGAUUUCUACCUUUUGACGAUGAAAACAUUCCAAAUCUCUUCAACAAAAUAAAGGGAGGGAUAUUCACUCUUCCAUGUUACCUAUCUCCCGGAGCUAGAGAUUUGAUAUCAAAGAUGCUUGAUGUGGAACCUAUGAAAAGGAUAACAGUAUCUGAGAUCCAACAACACCCAUGGUUGCAACUUCAACUUCAACCUAACACAAUAGAUACAAUGUAAUAUUGUAGCCCUUUUCUACAAAGGGUAGAUUAUGUUAAGUAAAUUGGUUUAAGUAGGUUCUUUUAUGCUAAUAAAUCUUGAUCUGGAUGUGGACAAAAA